GACGCCUGAGGAUGGCGGCAGCGGUGGCGGUGGCUGUGGCAGCGGUGGCGGCGGCCGUGGCCGCGGCCCGGAGACGGUCGGCAGAGCCGCCGAGACGCCAAAGACUCCGCCGCCCGCGCGAGGUGUAGACGGGGCGCUGCCUGCAGAGCAGGUCCUGCCAGCCGUGCUGGAGAGGAUGCCCCCGUGUCCGUGAUGGGCUGUGGGACAAGCAAGGUCCUUCCUGAGCCGCCCAAGGAUGUCCAGCUGGAUCUGGUCAAGAAGGUGGAACCCUUCAGUGGCACCAAGAGUGAUGUGUACAAGCACUUCAUCACGGAGGUGGACAGUGUUGGCCCUCUCAAAACUGGGUCCCUGGCAGCCAAUCAGCACGCACACCCCUGUCCUGGUGCCCCCACUACUGGCCACACAGAGCCUCCCUCAGAACCGCCACGCAGGGCCAGGGUAGCCAAGUACAGGGCCAAAUUCGACCCGCGUGUGACGGCCAAGUAUGACAUCAAGGCCCUAAUUGGCCGAGGCAGCUUCAGUCGGGUGGUACGCGUGGAGCACCGAGCGACACGGCAGCCAUAUGCCAUCAAGAUGAUUGAAACCAAGUACCGGGAGGGACGGGAGGUGUGUGAGUCGGAGCUGCGUGUGCUGCGGCGGGUGCGUCACGCCAACAUCAUCCAGCUGGUGGAGGUGUUUGAGACGCAGGAGCGUGUGUACAUGGUGAUGGAGCUGGCCACUGGUGGAGAGCUCUUUGAUCGCAUCAUUGCCAAGGGUUCCUUCACUGAGCGUGAUGCCACGCGGGUGCUGCAGAUGGUGCUGGAUGGCGUCCGGUAUCUGCAUGCACUGGGCAUCACACACCGAGACCUCAAGCCUGAGAAUCUGCUCUACUACCACCCGGGCACAGACUCCAAGAUCAUCAUCACCGACUUUGGCCUGGCCAGUGCCCGCAAGAAGGGUGAUGACUGCCUGAUGAAGACCACCUGUGGCACACCUGAGUACAUCGCCCCUGAGGUCCUGGUCCGCAAGCCCUACACCAACUCAGUAGACAUGUGGGCUCUGGGUGUCAUCGCCUACAUCCUGCUCAGUGGCACGAUGCCCUUUGAGGAUGACAACCGCACCCGGCUGUACCGGCAGAUCCUCAGGGGCAAGUACAGUUACUCGGGGGAGCCCUGGCCCAGUGUGUCCAACCUGGCCAAGGACUUCAUUGACCGCCUGCUGACGGUGGACCCUGGCGCCCGCAUGACUGCACUGCAGGCCUUGAGGCACCCGUGGGUGGUGAGCAUGGCAGCCUCAUCAUCCAUGAAGAACCUGCACCGCUCUAUCUCCCAGAACCUCCUCAAACGUGCCUCCUCACGCUGCCAGAGCACCAAAUCUGCCCAGUCCACACGUUCCAGCCGCUCUACACGCUCCAACAAGUCGCGCCGUGUGCGGGAGCGCGAGCUGCGGGAGCUCAACCUGCGCUACCAGCAGCAGUAUAAUGGCUGAACGGCCCAGCUGUGGUGCAAACGUGGAUGGUCCCAGACUGGCCAUGGCAGUGCUGUGCUGUCUGGGCCUGACGCCCUAUCUGAAUAGGCCUUUAUGGCCAGGGGUAGGUGUAAAGUGGCUCCAGCCCCCUUUGUGCCUUCAGCUGCCUCCAUCCUCACCCUGUGCCUGGGCCUAGUAUGACAGAGUGGAGGUGGCCUAGGGGGGACUCUGUGCCCCUGAACUGGGAGCCUGGCUUGGCACUGAUGCCCUUUCUGGUGGGCAAAUGCACUGGUUACAAGUUGGGGAAGGACCAGGGCUUCACUAUCUCAUGUUUUGGCUCUUUCCCAGACCAAAGUGGGUGGAGGGUGUCCUAUAGCCCCAGGACUCUUCGGGACAAUUACUUCUGGAACAACCCUCCCUCUACAGGGCCAUCCUUCCUGGCCGCUUUAUUUCAUGGCAUCCUGAUCCUCAAGAUUAUGCUGCAGUUAGAGGCUUAGCUGGGUGCUUUAUGCCCUGGCUGGAUCUAAACAGCACCCCUGCCCCCCAGUCAAGAUCUGCCUUCCUUCAUGGUGCCCCCAGGGACCCCUCCUGGUCCCAGGACUAAUCAAGGCCUCUGGUGGUAGGCCAUGGCAUGGACCUUGGCCCUUUUGGACUGUAUGGCCAUCCUGGUGGCUAGUAGAAGGGUUGGCGCAGGCUCAGCCCUCUCUCUGAUGAUGAGGGUUUCUGCCCCCC